AUGAUGACUGACCAAAAGAGGAACUUGCCGGGCGACAGACAGAAGGCUCUGGACAUCAUGCUGCCUCUGGUGAACGGGGAGGAGCAGGUCGCCUCGGACAUCUACUGCCUGGUGGGACGGAUCUAUAAGGACAUGUUCCUGGAGUCUCACUUCACCGACACGCCGAGCAGAGACAGCAGCACUCAAUGGUUUAAAAAGGGGUUUGAGUCAGAGCCAACACUACACUCUGGGAUAAACUACGCUGUUCUCCUCCUGGCAGCAGGACACCAGUUCGACACGUCAUUCGAGCUCCGCAAAGUGGGUGAGUGGGUGCUAGACUGGAUAUCU